UUCGAUCUCUCUUCAUGUGCAUUGUACGUCCAGGUGUGCAUGAAAUAUGAAUCAAUAAAUUUGCUUAAUUGGAUUCGUGAAUGCCAUGGAUCAUAUCAUUACCCUAGGGAAAGUACCAUAUCAAGAACCAACCUCUAUUUAAAGCUCCAAUCACUAUUUGGGUGUACUUGUGUGUGUAUCUCUUUGAGAGAGAGAGUUAUGGGCUGCGGCAAAUCAAAGAACACUGGUCAAGUUUUGCACCAAAAUAAUGUCAUCCGAAAAAAAAGUAAGGACGAGAAGAAUGGUGCUUUUGAGAAAGAGGUGCCUCCUGUAGAUAAGGAAGAGAGUGUAACAAAGGAACAUGAUGCAGAGGAGCCUAUGUCAGAUAAAGAAAAGCCUAUUGCAAUGGAGAAGUCUGAUUCAGAUGAUGAACUUUUCUUUUCAGCAGAUGAGGAACCAGAAUCUGAACCAGAGGAUGUAGAUCCAACUCUGUGAAUUAGAGAAUUCCUAGGAUCCUAUAGCAUAAUUAUCUUGUUGCUAGGUGGUGAUCUCUAACAGUUCUUAUGACAGUUGUACCUAGGAAAUUUACCAUUUUCAUGGGGUUGAUCAAUAUGGCAUGGAUCAUGUAAAUUUCCAAUGUUGUUAUGUUACAUUAUGGAAUUGGAUUCUUAACAAUAUCCAAUA